AUGGCAAAGGGAGGGCUCUUCGGUGCGCCCACAGUCACGGCGAUGGCGGUUCUUCCUGUUUACCACCCUGGAGGCGAGGUGUCUCUCGGAGACUGUGAAGACAUCUGCUAUGACUCCGCCGACUCCCGGUCAUGUCCUCGGCACAGCAACCAAGCGGUUUCCGGUCGGACCCGAGAAAUCUACGCUCCAUUUGGGCGAAGGUACUCCCGGCCGCUCGACUUCCAGGAUCCACGGGUGCCACCGCUUUCAGGGACUGCCAAUGGAACUCGGGGACGCGCACUUUUUGACGUCACCGCUUACAUCCGUAAGCACGUGGACGUUCUUCAGUUCCUCCCGGCUGACCCCCUUCAGCCCGUGAGACUAUUCACAGUCUCCAGUUGCACGAGCCGGCUGAAAACUCUGUCUGGCGGAGUCGUGGUCCGCGUUGCUUCAUAUGGGCGCCGCACGUUCCGCCGGACAAGAGCUGUUCUGACCGGAACGGAAAAUUCUGCUCCGAGGCCUCACGUGGCAAGCGGCUCCGCUGUGCUUCAGUGCACUGAGGACUCCGACGACAUCGAGAACCGUUCUGCGUCCGGAAUUCCGACUAGGAACGAGCAAGCACGGCAGAACCAUAAAGAUUGUUUAGCUGCCGAGCUGAGUACCAAAGGGCUCUGGUCUUUCGCCCGCUGCGAGGCUGUGGCGGAAGCGCUGCUCCGCCGGACGGAACGGGAGUGGCGGAACAUGGCCGAAUUUUUCAAAGACGCGCGCGCGCAGACGGGGGCCGCUGCUAAGGCGCUCUUGGAAGCGGCGUUGCGAAAGAUCGACGAAGCUUCAGACCAGGACUUAACGGACAUACUCACGGAGCUGCGGUGCGACCUGGAGUCGGUACGCGGAUGGUUCGCAAAGGAGCGCGCAUUCGUUGAGGAGUCUGCGCACUUUGCUGUUGUCAGCGGACGUGCUAUCCCCCCGGUCACCGCAAACCUGGUGGAACUCAACGUCCCAAGCACUCCGCAGAAUGAGUACGUCCGAUUACUGGAAGAGAACCCGGGGGCGAAGCGCUUUCUCGAACGUGCUGCCGCCCGCAAGAAUCGACGCCAAACGCUUGCGGAUUGA